AUGGUGAGAGAUGACUGUGACAAAUAUAUUUCAUACUUUUCGGUUAUAGCUAUUAAUUCAUUCAUUUGUUUCAUGGUUGGUGUUUCUAUUGGACUCAUCCCGCUCGCAUCAACCAACUUGUCCUCGAAAUUCAUGGCAAACCAUCAAGGUUUCUCUUCUGAGGUAAUAUCUGAAGUCGAAAAUUUGAAGAUAAAUAAGACACCAUUAGUUGAUGAGGAUGUGAAGUUUGAUGCAACUUUGAUUUCACCUUUGCAAGAACAAGAACUAACAAAUGGUGUAUCAUAUAAUAUCUUAGAUAGCCAGUUCAAUGAAGAAUCAUAUUCGGAGUCUCAAAAGCUUCUCAUAGUUAUCACGCCGACUUACAAUCGUCUAUUUCAAGCUUAUUACUUGCAUCGUUUGUCACAAACUUUGAAAUUGGUCCAACCUCUUUUGUUGUGGGUUGUUGUUGAGAUGAAUUCACAAUCCGAAGAAACUUCUUACAUCUUGAGGAAUAGUGGGAUUAUGUAUAGGCAUCUUGUCUGCAAAAUGAAUCUGACCAACACAAGCCAUAAGAGCAUUCUUAUGAGAAAUGUCGCGAUAGCUCACAUUGAAACUCACCGUCUCGAUGGAAUUGUCUAUUUUGCAGACGAUGAUAAUGUCUACUCAAUCGAACUCUUUCAGAAAAUGAGAGACAUAAGGCGAUUUGGAACAUGGACUAUUGCGAAACUAUCAGAGGAUAGAAGUGGCAUUGUCUUUCAAGGGCCUAUUUGCAAUGGAAGUGAAGUGAUUGGGUGGCACACAAGUAAUGAAUCAGAUAGGAAAUCCAAAAGAUUUCAUGCUGAAAUAUCAGGUUUUGCCUUCAACAGUACGAUACUAUGGGAACGAAAGAAGUGGCACCGACCGCUUCUUGAACGUAUCAGGCAGCUCGAAUCAGUCAAUGAGAAUUUGUGGGUUAUUGAAAGAAACAAACGUUGCAAUAGACAUUUCAUCGUGGAUGUUUCUGGCUUCAGUGAAACAGCUCCUGCUGCUUCUACAAGAGAUAUGAUAAGCUAUGCAGGCCUUAACAGUUAGUCUCUCUCAACAACAAAAGAAUGAAAACGAACAGUACAUGCAACUUAGAAUGAAAAUGCAAACAAAAAUCGGAUUGCUAGGGAACAUGAAAUCUCAUAAAGAGGCGUGCUACACAAAAUAGACAUGUAUAUGGCAUGCCCGCCCCGCUCGUUUUUUGGCGGGCAUAAGGCGGGGCGGGGCGGGCGGCCCGUUUUGCCACCCCUACCUAUAGGUCCAGUUUACGGGUGUUCAAAACCGAAUCGGCCCAAUAAAAAAUAAUAAACCAAACCGAAUCAAAUUGAAAACCGCAAAAACCGCAUGGUUGGUUCGGUUUGCGAUUUGUAUUUUACAACCCAAAUCAAAC